CUUUAAGGGUGUUCAAAAUCAACAUUACCCGUUUUCAUACAAUUUGUCUCUCUACAAACCAAUAUCAUAAGCGGUUCUACAAGACGACGAUGUUACGCAGCAGCUGCACCGUCCUCCUCUGCCUGCUCCUUAUAACAACCGCUCUCGCCUUCGACAAUGAUGACGACAUGUGCGUGUUCACGGUUUACAUAAGAACCGGUACGGUUUGGAAAGCCGGUUCAGACUCGGUCAUGAGCCUCCGUCUCUACGACAGUUACGGUCAAAAUGCUGUUAUAUCCGAUUUGGUGUCAUGGGGAGGUUUAAUGGGUCCAUUUCACGAUUAUUAUGAGAGGGGUAAUCUCGACAUUUUCACCGGUUUAGGUUCUUGUCUAUCAGGUCCGGUUUGUGCGAUGAAUUUGACUUCUGACGGCUCUGGCGAUCACCACGGUUGGUAUUGUAACUAUGUUGAAGUGACGAUGAGUGAGAGUCGUCGGAAAAGUUGUUCUCAGGAGAAGUUUACGGUGGAACAAUGGUUGGCUCGUGAUGCUUCGCCAUAUGAGCUGUCUGCCAUUAGGAAUCAAUGUUCGGACUCUUUCAAGAAUCGAAGAGUCGUUUCCACGAUGUGAAUGUGUUAUUUAUUUAUUCUGGCUUGGCUUGUCUAUGAAACAUGAUGUGAUCAUAUAUUCGAGUGUGAUUGAGAUUUCGUGUUU